UCGAACCUAAAACACACCCAACGACGACGACGAUGACAACGAACCGAUCCACCAGACUUCUGGUGUUGCUAGUGUUGACCUCCCUGGUGGCCAGCCAUCAGGCGAAUGCCGCCGCCGUGGGACUGAAGUGCGGCGGCAAGAGCGCCGUCUGCGUGGGACCCCUCUCCUACCAGCAGUGCGUGGACGACCUGACCUCCGGUCCGGUGGUGCCCUGCGAACUGAACACCCGCUGCGUCACCGACGGCCUCGAGAUCUGCGUGCCGGUCAAGUCGGCCGCCGAGGCGCCGACGGCAUCCGUUGCCAAGAUGGUCACCAUCACCGACAGCCCCGUCAGCGAGUCUGCUCCGCUGGUGGAGGGCAGUUCCAGCGCAGCCGGCGCAGAGAUCUCCACCGAGGGACCAAGUUCGGCAUCCAGCGCUUCUCCCGCGGAGACUCCUGCUCCGGUUGAGACCACCCAGGCUCCAGUCGAGACCACCCAGGCUCCCGCUGAGACGACCACCGCUGCCAUCGAGACCACAACCGGAUCAGAGACGGAGUCGACGAUUCCCGGCGACACAACACCCGUGGACACCACCUUGGCACCUGGAUCGGACAUCACUAACACACCCAUUGAACCCAACACCCCCGUGGCACCCGAAGGCACCACUGUGGCUCCAGGAGAAGAUCCCAACGCUCCCGCGGGAACUACCCUUGCUCCCGGUGAAGCUGACCCGAACACGCCAAUCGAUCCCAAUGCCCCACUAGACCCGAAUGCACCCGAAGGAUCUACUAACGAGCCCGGUUUAACGGACCCUACCACUCCGGCUGAAACAACCGCUGCUCCUGGAUCUCCUUCUGAAGGAUCAACCGCAGCUCCCGGCACUCCUGCUGAUGUAACCACCGCUGCUCCUGGUGCUCCUGCUGAUGUAACCACCGCUGCUCCUGGAUCUACCGCUGCUCCUGGUUCUCCUGCUGAAGGAUCUACCGCUGCUCCUGGUUCUCCUGCUGAAGGAUCUACCGCUGCUCCUGGUUCUCCUGCUGAAGGAUCUACCGCUGCUCCUGGUUCUCCUGCUGAAGGAUCUACCGCUGCUCCUGGUGCUCCUGCUGAUGUAACCACCCCUGCUCCUGGUGCUCCUGCUGAUGUAUCCACCGCCGCUCCUGGUUCUCCUGCUGAAGGAUCUACCUCUGCUCCUGGUGCUCCUGCUGAUGUAACCACCCCUGCUCCUGGUGCUCCUGCUGAUGUAACCACCCCUGCUCCUGGUUCUCCUGCUGAUGUAUCAACCGCUGCUCCUGGUUCUCCUGCUGAAGGAUCUACCGCUGCUCCUGGUUCUCCUGCUGAAGGAUCCACCGCUGCUCCUGGUUCUCCUGCUGAAGGAUCUACCGCUGCUCCUGGUUCUCCUGCUGAAGGAUCUACCGCUGCUCCUGGUUCUCCUGCUGAAGGAUCUACCGCUGCUCCUGGUGCUCCUGCUGAUGUAACCACCCCUGCUCCUGGUGCUCCUGCUGAUGUAACCACCCCUGCUCCUGGUUCUCCUGCUGAUGUAUCAACCGCUGCUCCUGGUUCUCCUGCUGAAGGAUCUACCGCUGCUCCUGGUUCUCCUGCUGAAGGAUCUACCGCUGCUCCUGGUUCUCCUGCUGAAGGAUCUACCGCUGCUCCUGGUUCUCCUGCUGAAGGAUCUACCGCUGCUCCUGGUGCUCCUGCUGAUGUAUCCACCGCCGCUCCUGGUUCUCCUGCUGAAGGAUCUACCGCUGCUCCUGGUGCUCCUGCUGAUGUAACCACCCCUGCUCCUGGUUCUCCUGCUGAUGUAUCCACCGCUGCUCCUGGUUCUCCUGCUGAAGGAUCUACCGCUGCUCCUGGUUCUCCUGCUGAAGGAUCCCCAGCUGCUCCUGGAUCUCCCGCUGAUGUAACCACUGCUGCUCCUGGCACUCCUGCUGUUCCCAACGUCCCCGCUGGUGGUGCUCCUGCUGAUUCCAACGUUCCUGCUGGUGGUGCUCCUGCUGAUUCCAACGUUCCCGCUGGUGGUGCUCCUGCAGGUUCCAACGUUCCCGCUGGUGGUGCUCCUGCUGAUUCCAACGUUCCCGCUGGUGGUGCUCCUGCAGGUUCCAACGUUCCCGCUGGUGGUGCUCCUGCUGAUUCCAACGUUCCCGCUGGUGGUGCUCCUGCUGAUUCUAAUGUUUCCGCUGGUGGUGCUCCUGCAGGUUCCAACGUCCCCGCUGGUGGUGCUCCCGCAGGUUCCAACGUUCCUGCUGGUGGUGCUCCUGCAGGUUCCAACGUUCCUGCUGGUGGUGCUCCUGCUGAUUCCAACGUUCCUGCUGGUGGUGCUCCUGCAGGUUCCAACGUUCCUGCUGGUGAUGCUCCUGCUGGUUCCAACGUUCUUGCUGGUGGUGCUCCUGCUGGUUCCAACUCCCCCGCUGGAGCUCCCGUCGUCCCUAACUCGCCGCUUAGUCCACCAUCUGGCUCAGUCAUUCCAUCGAUUCCUGUACUGCCUGGCGGAGGCGGCUCUUGGCCUUGGCAAGUCCGCCCUAACAUUCCCAUCCUGCCGCCUAACUGGAGGCCCCAGCUUCCUGGACAGGAAGGCUCAGGUGCCGGCGCUCCUGCUCCUGGCAAUGGACUGAACAAUGGCAGUGCCAACCCGCCCCAACGUCCACUUCCCUUCUGGCCCAACUGGCAGAACUGGGUGAACAGCUGGAGACCAACCAAGCCAGUGACCACCACUGAGGCUCCUGCCCAGAAUCCCGAGAAGCCCCAGAAUCCCGAGACUGCCGAGAGCGUAGAGCAGGCUGCCCCAGUGCCACCAGCCGGCGGAGCUGCGUCCAAUGAGAACGCCUCCGUUGAGGAGGGCAACAAGGCCUCCGGCGAGAAGUCGAAGGACAAGCCCAAGUCUGGCGAGGAUCAGUCCAAGGAGCAGGAGCAGAAGAAGCCCAGCUCCGAGGAGAAGGACAAGGACAAGGACAGCAAGGAGAAGAAGGACAAGGACAGCCAGGAGAAGAAGGACAAGUCCAAGGACUCCAAGGAGGAGAAGGAUAACGAGUCGCAGAAGGACAACGAGAACGAAGACGAGCUGAGCUCCAAGGAGAAGAAGCAGUACGUGAAGGACCUGAUCAAGAAGCUGAAGAAGGGCGACGAGUGCGACGAGGACGACGUCUAUCCGGAUGUCCGCGACUGCCGCAAAUACUACCGCUGCGAGGUGAAGCGGUCCGGCAAGCACAAGUUCGCCCACCUGCGCUGCGACAAAAAGGAGCGCUACGAUUGGCAAGCCAAGACCUGUUUGCCCAAGGACGAGGCCCGCUGCCUGGAGAAGUAGAAGGGCGGGGGUACUAGUCACCCAUCUGUAAAAUCUGCUGCUUCCGUAUGAUAAUCUCAGCCUCAACUGUACUUCUAUAUUGGCAAUGAUAUUCUAUCUGUAAACCUUGGUCCUACCUAAUUUAUUUCAUUAUUUUAAAAUACCUUUAUUUUUUUGUUUUCAACAUUAAAUCUUGAACUUUAUGAAAAUCUGGCAAA